GUGUAAUGUUUGGCAUUUAAAGGCCAUAACAGUAAACAUUGAAUGCAUUGCUGUUUACAUCCACUCAUUGCUCACUAACUCUCGGCUUUUCAUACAAACAGUGCGACAAUUGUGACACUAAUUAAUGGCAAGUCUUCGGCACCUAUUGUCCCGAAUCACAAGCAAUGGUUUCAGUCAUCACGUGAUCAGGAGGUGGUAUGUGAAGAGUUUAUACGAAGACGCGCUCUCCUUAGACACGACCUCAUCGUCGAGCGCUUCCAUAGAGUGCCGACUCAUCAAUGGCAAUGUCUUCACGAACCCUAACGUGGAGUUCGGUUCCAAACGCUUCUAUAAGGGCAGAGUGAAAGGGAUUGUCUUUGAUUGGGGCGGAACUGUAGUGGACUCAGGAGUUUGUGCGCCGAUCUAUACAUUCGUUGAGCUCUUCCACAACGAAGGCGUUGUCAUCAAUGAAGACGAGGCCCGGAGUAUAAGCGGUUCCAAUCGAAUGGCAAAUAUCGCACAAAUCUUAGACAAAGAGGCGGUGAGGAAGCGUUGGAUUGAAGCCAAUGGCAAAGAGCCCACAACUGAAGACGUGCAGCGAAUGCACGAUAAUUUCAUACCUCAAGUCUUGUCGAGUCUCACGAAAUACAGUAAUGUUAUCGAAGGCGUGGCNAAACCACGAACAGACGGACUCAUCGAUGGGUUCUUUAAGGAAAGCUCCGGUCAGACCAGAACACGGCAUGAAAUAGAUCUCGUUCUUGGGAUUGAAUCCACACUUUUUCAGAUAUGGAAGAAGUUUGUCGCAGCACUCGGUAUAACGGGAUUCACUCCAUUCUACGGUCGGGUCGUCCAUCUUAUUGAUCAGGACUACCAUAUGUUUAACGCCUAA